CAUGCCUACACACACACACACACACAAUGACAAAGUCUUUGCCUGCUGGUGCGUAGCCAAGCGACAAAUGAGCAGCAAGAGAGGGAGAGAGGUUGAGAGAGAGAGUUUUUCCACAGCUACUAGGCUACCUGUGCAUUCUUAAGCGCGCUCACUGAGUGAGUCUUGGUGCGUUGAGAGCGAGUGCGAAUGGAGUGGAGUGAGUGCGAUCGUUAUCGAGCGACGAACUGAGCUCAAGCGGCCCAGCAGCACACUCUGUUUGCCAGCUGAACACAGUUUGUUUGUAGACGCCGUGAGAGCUGGUUGCGUAUGCGUCCAGAGAUUAAAAAGUGAACGAACCUGGUCUAACAGAUACAAAGAUACAACGGCAAUCGGCCAGAGUGAAAGUGUUGUGGAUAACCUGCAGAUAUCAGUCAAAAAUAUUUCGUACACAUACGUCGUGCAUAAAUAGACAGAAUGGAGGACGUGCCACGCGCAUUGAAUUACGAAUUGUCGCAUGAUUUGCACUUCGAGAAUUUCGCCGGUGCCGCACAAAAAAUACUAGAGAACGGAAAAGACGCCGCUGAGGCCUCAACACCCACUAUUACCACAUUGGAGGCCCUGGCCAAUAACGAAUUCUUCCAAAAGCUCGGAGCCACCUUCAUCAAUUCCCUACAACUGAAGCAUCAGCAACAGAACUCAAGUGAAGCAGCAAUGGAUUUUGAAUUUGCCUCGAACCAUGUCGUCCUGGACUCGUCCAGCGUCGAUCAACUGCAGCAGCAGUUGGAGUAUGACAAGUUCAUGAACGAGGUCUGGAUUGGAAUUGUGUUCACGCUGAUACUGAUCUCCAUGAUAUUUUGCAUCUGCUCGUGCUUCUUGUACCAUCAGUUCAGGACGUGGAAACGCAAUUAUCACAACAAUGCCAGCAGUAGCUCGCAAUGCACCAUCAUCGAUAUCGAGGCACUGAAAUUACAGCCCGAAAACGAGGAUCCAGUGCCAGAGUACACUCUAGUAUCGGGUCUGCCCAGCUACGAGGCUGCCCUGGAGCUGUUGCAUAAAACACCGCAAUCUUCGUGCUUGAUUGUCUAUCCAAGCGUGUUCAAUGUAUUCAAUAGACAUGAAAGAGCAGCAACAACAACAGCAGCAGCAACAGCAACAUCAGCAGAAGCAACUGCAAUAGCAAGCAGACAAUUGAGCGAAGUUGGGCUGGUAAUGCCACAAUCACCACAAGCUGCACAAACUUCACAAUUGUUGUGCGAGGCAACAAUGCCAUUGCUGGCAUCAACAACACCAACAUUACCAGCAACAGCAACAUCAGCAGCAACACCAACAGCAACACCCACAUGUGAAACUAUUAAGCCUAAUUUUGUAAUGCCAAUUGUGCCAAGUUAUAGCGAGGUAUUUGGCAGCUACAAAACCAUAGAUGAGAAGCCACGCACACAGAGCUCGAGGCACAUGAAAGAAGACUCGCUGAUGCAUAAAAAUCAAAACGAUAAAUGCUGAUUGGCAUUUGUGUUGGUGUAUCUUUUGUGUGUUGAUUUGUAAAACAUAACUAGCUAUCUCAUCGAUACCAACUCUAACUGUGCUCUGUGAUAUAUACAUACCUAUGUACAUACAUACAUACAUACAUACAUACAUACAUACUCGUACAUACAAAGCUUGUCAGAGAAUUGUGUUUGUUGUUGCUGGACGGCAGCCCUCGCCUCAACGACUCGAUUCGAUCGCAUUCAAACGAAUAUGGGACACCACAUUUCCAUGGAACUCUGCUGCAUUGAUACUAUGUAGGAAUAUUAUACCAUACUAUUAAUAAUUUAUGUUAAGCCACAAACUUUUGUUAAAACUGACGCUGUGAUUAUGAAAAGACGUUACUAAACAAAUGAAAAUACGAUCAAAGUUAAUUGAAUGAAAUGCUAGCUCAAUCAAUCCCUCAAUGUACUUAUAUAUGCAUAUACUUAACUUAAUGCUUAUGCAACUAGUUAGGUUUUGUGUAUAUAAUAUAGCUUGUUAUUUAGCUUUUAA